AUGUCUGUGGCGAAAAAGAAACUCCACGAUACCGCGGGUAACACCGCAAAGUUUUUACUGACGAAACAAACCGAGCAUUUUGCGGACAGCCAUCGCGUGAAAAUCGUAAUCGUCGGCAGCGGUUACACCGGCGUUGCUGUCGGGAUUGCCGUUCUGUUCAAGCGCCUCGCGUCCGAGCUGGUGUUCAUAGACCUAAACGAAGACUUAGCGAAAGCAGAAGCGGAAGACAUCAGCCACGCUGCUGCGUUCCUCGGUAAUCCAAGGAUUACUGGCACGAAAGAUUAUUCCAUGGCGAGGGACGCGACGGUGUGCGUAUUCACAAUAGGCGAUAAAAACACCAACGAGCCCGAAGAAGCCUCGCCGCUGGAGCGAAAUUUCGAAAUCUUCAAGGAGAUUAUACCGAACGUUUGCAAGUUCGCGCCGAACAGUGUGCUGUUGAUCGUGACUACGCCCGUGGAUAUAUUGUCGUACGCGGCGAUGAAGCUUUCAGGUUUCCCUCCGCAACGAGUGAUCGGCUUGGGGACAUUUUUGGACAGCUGCAGGCUUCAGUACUUCAUCGCGCAGAAGCUUGGAAUUUCGGCGAGCGCGGUACAAGCCUCGGUCAUUUGUGAAAAUGGACCAACGUCUGUGCCAGUUUGGUCCGCGGUGUCGGUAAUGGGGAUUAAGCUGAAGGACAUCAACAAUGACAUCGGCAGCGCAGCGGAUCCUGAAUCUUGGGGGGAUCUUCAUGCCAAAGUUAUCGAUUCCGACAGCGAUCUUAUCGCCAGGAAGGGUUAUCGCAGUUGGGGCAUUGGCGUCUGCGCCGCCGAAGUCGUGGACGCGGUUGUUCGGAACACGUGUAUUUCCAUUACUGUGUCCGCUUAUCUGAAGGGUUGUCGGCACGGUUUAGAAAAGGACGUGUACAUGUCCUUGCCCUGCAUAGUAGGUAGAAACGGUAUACAAUCGUUUCUACGUCAUCCCUACACGGCCGAGGAACAGGAACUCACGGAGACAUCUUGUCGGGCGAUCUACGAGGCGCAGAGGCCGAUCCUCCAAGCCCUACAAUAA